GAGUCCCGCAGCUAUGGCGGCGGCCGCUUACGAGCUGCUGGUGCUGGGCGGCGGGUCGGGGGGGCUGGCGGGGGCCCGACGGGCAGCCGAGCUGGGCGCUCGCGUCGCGCUGGUGGAACCGCAACGCUUCGGGGGUACCUGCGUCAAUGUUGGGUGCGUGCCCAAGAAGGUGAUGUGGAACGCGGCUGUUCACGCAGAGUUUGUCCAUGAUCACGCCGACUACGGCUUUGAAGCGCCCGAUGUCAGGUUCAACUGGAGAACAAUUAAAGAGAAGCGCGACGCUUACGUGAGGCGCCUGAACGACAUCUAUGAGAAUAACUUAAAGAAGGCUAACAUCGACAUCAUUCGAGGCUAUGGCAAGUUCACUGCUGAUCCUGAGCCCACCAUCGAAGUGGAGGGAAAAAAGUACACGGCUCCUCACAUCCUUAUAGCCACGGGUGGGCGGCCGGCCGUGCCCCCCGACAGCAAAAUUCCUGGUGCCAGCCUGGGGAUGACCAGCGAUGGUUUCUUUGACCUGGAGGAACUGCCCAGGCGCAGCAUUAUCAUCGGUGCUGGCUACAUUGCAGUGGAGAUGGCGGGGAUCCUUUCCAUGCUGGGCUCCAAGACAUCCCUGCUGAUCCGCCAGGACAAGGUCCUGAGGACCUUCGACUCCAUGAUCAGCACAAACUGCACCCAGGAGCUGGAGAACACCGGGGUGGAUGUCUGGAAGCACACACAGGUCAAGAGAGUCACCAAGUCCCCUUCUGGGCUGCUGGAUGUGACGGUGACCUCCUCAGUGCCUGGCCACAAGCCAGCAGAGGGAGUGAUCCAGGACGUGGACUGCCUGCUGUGGGCCGUGGGACGGGAGCCCAACACUGAGGGGCUGUGUCUGGACCGAGUGGGUGUGCAGGUGGAUGCCAGGGGCCACGUGGUGGUGGAUGAGUACCAGAACACCACCAGGAGAGGGGUCUACGCUGUUGGAGAUGUCUGUGGAAGAGCCCUUCUCACCCCAGUGGCCAUCGCAGCUGCCAGAAGGCUGGCCCACAGGCUCUUUGAGGGCAAGCAGGACUCCCGACUGGACUACCACAACAUCCCUACCGUCGUCUUCAGCCACCCACCCAUUGGCACUGUGGGCCUUACCGAAGAUGAAGCCGUGGCCGCACACGGGAGGGAGAACGUGAAGAUCUACAGCACCUCCUUCACCCCCUUGUACCACGCCGUCACCCAGAGGAAGGUUAAGUGUGUCAUGAAGCUGGUGUGCGCUGGCAAGGAGGAGAAGGUGGUGGGACUGCACAUGCAAGGGCUGGGCUGUGAUGAAAUGCUGCAGGGCUUUGCUGUGGCCGUCAAAAUGGGGGCCACCAAGGCCGACCUGGACAACACCGUGGCCAUUCACCCCACUUCUGCCGAAGAGCUGGUGACGCUGCGCUGAGGGAGUGGGUGCAGGCAGCCCCAGGAACCGCAGCUGCAGCUGGAGAAAAUGGUUUAUAUAUCUUUUAAAAAUGCCUUAAUGGCAGGUGACUGCCCAGAAAAAUGUUUGUAGAAUUGAGGUGGCUUGCUUUGGAGUGAAAAAUAAACAUAGUGAUGCUGGAAA